AACUAAUUGGCUGGGACAUGAGACCACAAUACUAUUAUUCCUACUUCCGGGGCAAGGAAGGUGUACGAGAAUUCGCUCCCCUUAAACAGAUAGAAUUCUCUCGUACAUAAAUAACCUUUUACUAAAGUGAAAGGAGAAAAACAUUGGUGGAUAAUUUACUAUUUAGUCCUUUUUCUUAACUAUCCAAUCAAAUGUAUAAACGUUAAACGAAAUAGAAUGUUCUCGUUUACAGAAUAUGGUGAGAUAACAAGAGCAUCUCUAUUGCCUUUAACAAUCAAAUUUCUUUGUUUUUCUCAACUUCUUAAUCAAAGAACUACUAUGGAAGACAAGCUGGUCUCCACGGAAAGUGGCAUUAUUGUGGUCCUUUUUUAUCUCGUCUGUUCUUCUGUUGCUUUUCACAAAGUGGGAAUGUUGUUACAUCCACUGUCUUUCCCGUUAUGUCAAAUUUUAUUGCUUAAAAGUUUGACGGAAACUAUUGAAACCAACUUAUCUCACUUUAAACUUUUAGUAAUGUGCAUCUAAAGUGAAUGGUUGCAAGUUUCAAUUUAAACGUAUAUCGCAACACAGACCAAUAUUUUCCUGCUUAAUGGCCACUCCAGCGGAAAAAGAAGACAUCAUUAAAUAGUUUUGGCUGUGCAUUCGAAAUUUUAGAUACCUGGUUAGAUUUUUUAGUCCCAUUGGUUGCUUUUUACAUGGUUCUUAUCAUAAAAUAAUUUUCUAGAACAUUUAUUUUCUGAGUGAAGAAAGAAAAAUGUAACUGGAAAAGUGAAAAGUUGAAAAAAGAACGAUACCAAUGAUGCUGAACAAGUCAGCACGAAAUAGCUGUUGGAUUAGUUAAUAAACAUGAAAACGUCUUAAUCAAAAAAUAAACAGGAAAAAGUGUAAAAAGGCUGCCAGGUCUUUCUAGCACUCGCCUGUUCUUUAAUAGUAGUAGUUUUAGUUUAUCAAAUGGAAGGCUAUCGAAUUGAAGUAUUUGACAUGUUCCACAACAGCCGUCGAUCAUCCAUGAAUUGAACAAUGUCGUUGACAACUUCAAAGGUUGGAAUAAUAGAGUCUAAUACGUUAUCAAACAAAGGGAAUUAAGAUAUCAACUUGUCCACAACAGCUGCUUCUCCUAAAUAAGACUCCUUCAAUUUGCAUGUGUGCGUGCUCGCUUAUAUAUAAACAAGCUUUCACUCCAUCAGCAGCCUAUCUCAAGAGCUUCAUACAAACGAAACAAAGAACAAACAUGGGACUUUUUGGAAGAAAAUUCAAGGCAUCAAGAGUUACAACACUGUCUAACCUUGCCAUCUCAAGGAUUGCCAUUCUCAAAAAUCAACACCAAGUUAGGUGCUCACUUACCCGUUCUGACGUUAUCCAACUACUCCAUCUUGGUCGCCAAGAAGAUGCCCUUCAUCGAGUCGAACAUGUUAUCAAGGAACAGAACACACUAGAUGCACUUGCAAUGAUGGAAAUCUACUGCCAUCUCCUAAUCGAAAAAAGGGUGCUGAUACAAACUAAAGGGCAAUGUCCUGAGGAGCUCGCAGAGGCAAUCUCAAGCUUGAUUUUUGCAGCUUCAAGAUGGGGAGAAUUCCCAGAGCUGCAUGAACUUCGAGAGAUUUUCACCUCGAGAUAUGGGAAUGAAUUUGCGGCUCAAUGUGUUGAAUUAAGAAAUAAUUGUAGCGUGCAUCCUAAGAUGAUACCCAAGCUAUCGAAACGUCAUACAGGAUCAGGGAAAAGAAGGAAUAUGCUUCAUGAUAUUGCGGCCCAUUGUGGUGUCACUCUGUGUGCAGAGGAUGAAGAAACUUCAGAUAUCAUAAUCGAAGUUAAGGUUAACAGCAAAGAGGAAUGUUCUCAAGGUGAAGAGGGAGGCACAGAAGCAGCUUCAGUGAUCAUAUUGGAGAAAAGUCAGAUAGUAUGAAAUGCCUGUUGCUUCUCUAUCAGCAGCACUACCAGCAAGAAUUGUUUGGAUCUAUCCAAGCCUAAUAAGAGCAAGGAUUAAGGCAUGGUUGACUGCCAAGCAUCUUUGCAAUCAUGCAACCAUACAUUUUCAGUAGGGACAGAGUCGUGAAGAGAUGCCACAGGGCCCAGAAAGAAAAAAGCAGCAUCAGACAAGGUUCCUAGGGAAACAUCAAUAGAGCAGCUGCAUGCGACAGAAGCUAUUCAGGGAUGAACUACUAGCUCCAAUCAUCUUAUUCAUUGGUGCUACAUUGAGCACCUAGCUUUCUUCAUAUUAUUUUUCUUAGGAUCGGAACUUGCUUUGGGGGGGGGGGAUCUUAGCUUUAUGUUUAAACUAGAUCAUUUCUGCAGACAGACAUACUUUAGAUAUAGAUCAGUAAACAAUCACAUUCGUUCUGCAGACUUAGAGUUGAGAUAAUACCUUUAUUACAUUCUCAUCUUUUGUUUGGCGCAUCAGAAUUGACGUCUAGUUAUCCUUCUUAACAUGAGAGUAUUACACAAUGAUUACAAUCAAUUGGAACAUAAGUGAAUCAAAUAGCAAGUUUUGGAUAAAGAAAA